UUCUCUCCCACAGAGAAAGCAGCAGCAGCCAAUGAGGAGGAGGUACAGAAGGCGGACAUCUCAUCAACGGGCCAAUCCGUCAUCGACAAGGAGGCUCUCGGACCAAUGAUGCUGGAGGCCCUGGACGGGUUCUUCUUCGUGCUGAAUAUGGAGGGGAACAUAGUGUUUGUGUCUGAGAACGUGACCCAGUACCUGCUGUAUAACCAGGAGGAGCUGAUGAACACCAGCGUCUACAGCGUCCUGCACGUAGGAGACCACGCUGAGUUCAUCAAGAACCUGCUGCCCAAGAGCCUGGUCAACGGGGUGCCGUGGUCCAGUGAAGGUCCCAGGAGGAGCAGUCACACGUUUAACUGUCGUAUGCUGAUCAACCCUCACAGUGACAACCAGGAGGAGACCAACGACCACGAGGGACAGAAACAGACAUAUGAGACCUUGCAGUGUUUCGCUGUCUCCGAACCCAAGAGCAUCAAGGAGGAGGCAGAAGACUUCCAGUCAUGUCUGAUUGUGGUACGUAGGAUGCCCAUGAAGGCGAGGCCAAUUCUUCCCACGCACGAGAGCUACACCCGCCAGGACCUGCAAGGUAAGAUCACGUCACUAGACACCAGUCUUCUGAGAGCCUCUAUGAAGCCUGGCUGGGAAGACCUGGUGAGGACAAGCAUCCAGAGGUUUCACCUACAGAACGACGGAGAGAUGUCCUUCGCCAAGAGACACCAACAAGAGGUGUUGCAUCACGGCUAGGCGUUCAGCCCCAUCUACAGCUUCUCUCUGUCAGACGGGACCAUCGUGUCGGCUCACACCAAGAGCAAGCUGGUCCUCCCUGCCACCAACGAACCCCAGCUCUACAUGUCUCUACACCUGCUACAGAGGGAACAAUCAAGGUAUGAUCUGGGACCGGGUCAAGACAUGGGGCCCGGUGGACAGCAGCAGGGGCCAGGGAUCAGCCCCAACCCCUCCAUAACCCCUCCAACCCAGGGGACCCUCUCUGGUCUGGGCCCCCAGGGACAGGACACUACAAUCAGCUCCAACAGCACGUUCUAUUCCCCUCUUCAUGGAAGUCCAGUGUCCAGAGAACCAGGGCUCGUACCCAUGGGGCCAGGGUCCAGAGAACCAGGGCUCGGGCCCAUGGGGCCAGGGUCCAGAGAACCAGGGCUCGUACCCAUGGGGCCAGGGUCCAGAGAACCAGGGCUCGGGCCCAUGGGGCCAGGGUCCAGAGAACCAGGGCUCGGGCCCAUGGGGCCAGGGUCCAGAGAACCAGGGCUCGGACCCAUGGGACCAGGGUCCAGAGAACCAGGGCUCGGGCCCAUGGGGCCAGGGUCCAGAGAACCAGGGCUCGGACCCAUGGGGCCAGGGUCCAGAGAACCAGGGCUCGGACUCAUGGGGCCAGGGUCCAGAGAACCAGGGCUCGGACCCAUGGGGCCAGGGUCCAGAGAACCAGGGCUCGGACCCAUGGGGCCAGGGUCCAGAGAACCAGGGCUCGGACCCAUGGGGCCAGGGUCCAGAGAACCAGGGCUCGGACCCAUGGGGCCAGGGUCGGAACACAUACAGGACUACCACUACGGCUGCCCUCCCCAGCCCGUGGGCCACCCCGGAGGGUUACAGGGAGGCGUGGGCAUGAACCUCCCCAUCCAUCCUAACCAGCAAGGGGCUAAUUGGAGGAUGAGCAGCCCGUCUCGAGGUAGCCCUAGCCCAGCCGGAGGGGCCCAUCUGGGGCAACAGAUUUCUAUGCUGUCCCCUAGGCACCGGGCGAGUCCAGGGAUGGCAGGGAGCCCUCGCUUGGCCCCAAGCCUGCACUCGCCCUCCCCUGUGGGGAUGUGUGGGUCUGGAACAGGGGUCGGGAUUGGAGGUAGCGGUCCUGUAGCUAACAGUCACAGCUACGGCAGUAGUUCUCUGUCGGCCCUGCAGGCUCUGAGUGAGUGUCACGGGGUCAGACACGGCAGUGGUGGACACACACACCCUCACGGCGCCGUGGGCCAGCAUCCUCAAACACACGCCCUGGGAUCACCUGACAGGAAGCUGAUGGGAUCACCUGACAGGAAGCUGAUGGGAUCAGGAGUCAACCCUCCCAUGAUGUCGAAGCUUGGCGGCGGUAACGGAAAUGGGGACUCUUUGGGCGCUCACGGAGAGCAGGAACAUGGUCAGAGUGGACAGUAUGACCAGAGACAUUCGGACGGGAACGGUCGCAGCGGUAACCACGCUGACAUCACAGAGGAGAGGGAUGACCUCGAAGGUGGCCCCGACGCACAGAGCCGUAGUCAACGCUGUGACAACAAGGGCCACACCAAACUCCUCCAGCUUCUCACCACCAAGUCCCAACCCCUCGACACCCCUUUGUCCCCCAACGGAGGAGGGGGACUCCAAGGACCCCUCGUCAGGCCUGGGGGCCCUUACGGUCCAGGGGCCCCAGGGGGCCACGCCACCUCCCUAAAGGAUAAACACAAGAUACUUCACAGGCUGCUCCAGAACAGCACCUCUCCUGUCGACCUGGCCAAGCUCACCGCUGAGGCCACGGGCAGAGAGCUGGGGGAGCAAGGUGGGGGUGGUACGGACAGGAACCUCACCCCCAAACAGGAGCCCCUGAGCCCCGAUAAAAAGGACAACGCCCUGCUGAGAUAUCUGCUGGAUAAAGAGGAGAUUGGGAUGAAGGCGAGGCAGGCGAAGAUGGAGGGAGCAGGAGGGGAGGUGAAGAUCGAGAAACAGGAUUCAGGAUACGACCGCGCUGAACAG